AUGGAGAAAUUGAAGACGUUGCUGGUCGCGAAUCGAGGAGAGAUCGCAGUACGGAUAUGCAAGACAGCCCGCAAACUCGGCAUUAAGACGAUUUCGAUCUACACCGGAGCUGAUGCCGCCUCGGCUCAUGUUGGAGCUGCAGAUGAAGCUGUUCUGCUCUCUGGACCGGAUGCUAAGGGCUACAUCGAUACGCAACAGAUCAUUAAACUUGCCAAAUCCAAAGGAGCAGACGGAAUCAUCCCAGGCUAUGGAUUUCUAUCUGAGAACACCGAUUUCGCCAGACAUGUCACUGAAGCAGGGAUGGUCUUCGUUGGACCCAGUCCCAAAUGUAUCGACGAUUUCGGUAUUAAGCAUACAGCCCGUGAACUUGCUGCAAAGGCGAAUGUUCCCAUCGUGCCAGGAACUAAGGGUCUUGUCAGGUCGGAGGAUGAAGCGGUUGAGGAAGCGAAGAAACUGGGCUUCCCAGUAAUGCUCAAAGCCACCGCAGGCGGAGGCGGCAUGGGGCUGUUAGCAUGCAAGGAUGAAGACGAAGUCCGACGGUCGCUCAAGACAGUUCGGUCGCGUGGUGAGACUCUGUUCAAAAACUCGGGCGUCUUCAUGGAAAGGUUCUACCCUUCUUCGCAUCAUAUUGAAGUCCAAGUCUUCGGUAAUGGGCUUGGUGAAGCCAUACAUUUUGGGGAGCGCGAAUGCUCAAUUCAACGACGACAUCAGAAGGUGAUUGAAGAGUGCCCCAGUCCCUUCGUGGCGAAACAUCCCGAACUCCGGGAAAAGCUAGGAUCGGCUGCUGUCCGUCUGGCUGACUCAAUCAACUAUGGCUCAGCUGGUACCAUCGAGUUCCUUGUCGAUGAUGAGUCAGGGGACUUCUUCUUUCUGGAGAUGAACACAAGAUUGCAGGUGGAGCAUGGCAUCACUGAGAUGUGCUAUGGGAUUGACUUGGUAGAGCUGAUGCUGAAGCAAGCCGAUGCCGAGCUUUCUGGGAAGGGCGGGCUCGAUGGUGAAUAUCUCCGCCGUCUCCAACCCAAAAGUCCUCCUUCAGGAGCAGCGAUUGAGGUACGGCUUUACGCCGAGAAUCCUGCAAAGGACUUUGCGCCAUCACCAGGCACACUGCAACAUGUCUCUUGGAAAGAGAUUCGCGGAUCUCGGAUUGACGGCUGGAUCCAUACAGGGACGAAGGUCACUUCAUUUUACGAUCCUUUACUGGCUAAAGUCAUGGUUCAUGCAUCAGACCGCCCCGAAGCGCUCCGAUUGAUGUCUGAAAUGCUGGAAGGCUCCCAGAUAUUCGGACCGCCCACAAACAUGGAGUUCUUGGAGGCCAUCUUGCAAGACAGCACAUUCAAAUCCGGCAAUACGAUGACUAAAUUCCUAGAGACUUUCAAGUUUCAACCUUCAGCGAUAGACGUCCUACAAGGUGGAGCGUACACCUUGAUAGAGGACUGGCCAGGUCGUCCCACCAUUGGAAGAGGCUUCUCGCACUCUGGGCCCAUGGAUCCUCUGGCGUUCCGAAUAGCUAAUGCUCUCGUGGGCAAUCCUCCCGGUAAGGAAGGAAUUGAGAUCACCUUGAGUGGGCCAGAUCUCAAGUUCCUUGGGCCAGCCAUUGUAGCCGUUUGUGGAGCUCCAAUGGAGGUCAAGCUUGAUGGCAAAGAUGCACCCAUGUGGACACGGCUGAAGAUUGGAGCUGGUCAGCGAUUGACCAUCGGCAGGACGACAGGAGGGGGAUGCAGAUCGUACUUGGCGAUAUAUGGAGGUCUCCCAAGUAUUGCGACGUGGUUCGGGUCAAAGGCAACUGCGCCCAUGACUGCUGUCGGCGGCUAUCAGGGAAGAGCCCUUGCAGCUGGGGAUCUUUUGGCAAUUACAGCUGAUCUGCCCGACGUCAGCGGCGAGCUCAGGUUACCAGACGACCUGAUACCGUCCUACCCAGAAGAGUGGGAUCUUUUUGCGAUGCCUGGCCCCUACGACGAAGGUUUCGUCACCAACGAAUCCAUUGAGGAAUUCUACGACAGCACCUGGACGAUUUCUCAUAACGCCGCUCGAGGAGGCAUACGACUUAUCGGCCCGAAACCAAAAUGGGCACGCCCCGAUGGAGGAGAAGGCGGCGCCCACCCUUCAAAUGUCAUCGAAUAUGGCUAUCCAGUGGGCACCGUGAAUUGGACAGGGGACGAUCCGUGCCUCUUCCCCAUCGACGCGCCCGAUUUUGGCGGAUUCGUGUCGGCGACGACAAUAGUAAAGGCCGACUAUUGGAGACUAGGCCAAAUGAAGGCCGGCAACAAGUUGAGGUUCAAGAGGGUUUCGUACCAAGACGCAAUUGCUAAGCGCAAGGAAGUCGAAGAGUUCCUAGGCUCGAUUGACGACUGUUGCAAUGGAAAGAGCAGCUUCGAAAAUGUUUCGCCGUUGAAGUACGAGGUUUUCCCACCGUCCGUGGAGAACAAAGGGUGGGAGGCUGCAAUCAUCCACCAAAUCCAAGAACAGGGCAACCAACCGCUCGUCUCGUACCGUCAGGGUGGUGACGACUUCAUCUUGAUCGACUACGGCUACGGCUCCUUUGACCUCAACUACCGGUGCCGUGCAGUCGCGCUGUAUGGAAAGCUCAGAGAGUCCGCGGGAGAGAUAUCGUUCUCCAAUGGCGCGAUGCAUACGGGAAUGGCUUGCGGAAAUUCUCUGAUGCUCUACUAUGACUCCACAAAGGUCCCGCGCCAGAAGAUGAUGGAUUAUCUUCUCAAGCUUGAGAAUGAACUCGGCGAUCUCAGUGAAGCCAAGUUUCCCAGCCGCAAGUACAAACUUCCCAUCACGUUCGAGAGUAAGAGGCAGAAGGAAAGCUUGCAGAGGUAUAUGGAGACGCAAAGACCGUAUGCGUCGUAUCUACCUGAUCCAAUGGAGUUCGUGGCAAAGAACAAUGCAUUCACGAUGCAACAGCUUCGAGACAUAUAUACGAAAUCCUCAUUGAUGGUGGUAGCCGUGGGGUUCUUUGUGGCCCUUCCAAUCGCCCUACCGAUUGAUCCUCGCCAGCGCAUUCAGUGUCCAAAAAUGAACCCUUCCCGCGUCCACACUCCAGAAGGGCAGGUCGGCUGGGGAGGGUCAUGCAUGGCACUAUACAACGUCGAGUCACCCGGUGGGUACAUGAUGACGGGACUCUCCAUCCCUGGAGCCGACAUCUUGGGCUUCAAGAAAGGUUACAGCUCAGAGAAGCCCUGGUUGUUCGAAGACUUUGAUCAGAUCACUUUCUACGAGGUGACCGAGGACGAGUAUGAAGGCAUGAUGGCGACUUUCCGAAGUGGUCGGUACGAGUAUGAAUAUGAGGACACCGAAUUCGACAUGAAAGAGCACAACAAGCUCCUGAGAGACACGAAGGACGAAGUGGCGCAAAUCCGCGCCAAACAGCGAGAAGCGCAGGCAGAAAUGGACAAGCUGGAGAGGGAACUUCUGGAAAAAUGGAACAAAGAGAAGGAAGCAGGGAAAAUCAGCAUGGAUACAGUGGAGGAGCUGCUGCACGAUCCGGACAUCAUACCCGUGGAAGCGCCCUUGAACGCCAACGUGUGGAAAGUCGAGGUCAAGGAAGGCGACAGCGUCAAGCUGGAGCAAGUUGUUUCGAUCCUGGAGGCGAUGAAGCUCGAGAUCCCCGUCAAGGCGGAACAGAGCAUGGAAGGCGCUACGGUGGAGAAAUUGCUGGUCAAGCCUAACGACGUGGUGCAGGCUGGGAGACCACUUAUGCUUCUUCAACGUGCUACCCAGGGAUGA